CUUUUGAAAAAUUAAUGUCGUACUUUGCAGAAGAACAAACAUGCUGAGAAAUGAAGAGAUUUAGCUGAACCAAGUCAAAGCUAUUUUACUGUUGAGAGGCAAGGAUCUCGCUGGAGAAAAAAAACAGAGCGAAGGGCAACAGCGAAUUCGGCAUGAUCCGUAGCGGAAGUAGAAUCCACUCGAAAACAUUAGGCGGGGUGGUGGAGGCAUGGAAGCCGAAACUGGCCAAUCGUCUCUUCAGAGGCUCUUCCGGAGCACCUUGCCAUCCCAGGGAAUAUCCGGAUUAGACGUCAUAAGAGCCUUACACCAAACAGUUGUGUCACUGCGCUCAGCUUUGGACUCGUCACGCGAGGAGCUCCGCCGACUGCAGGAAAGCGUCGGGAAUUUUUCCGGCGAGAGCUACGCUGAUGAGGUUGGCCGUCUGGCUCUCGAGAAUCACGUGCUCAGGCGAAAGAUCCUGAGUAGAAGUUGCGAAUUCUCGUGCGAUGCGGCGACCAGCCCUCCGCUUCAGUCGAAACACGUCCGACUCGUCGUAGAAGCCCAUAUGGAUCAACCGACGGAUCCUGAGGAAACCACUAUGGAUGUGCCCAAGAAGAUUGCUACUGAUGCUAAGAUCGCGUUUAACGAACCAGCCGCUGACCGCGACAGUGGUAGCAGCAGCAACAACAAUAGUCCUGAUCUGUCUUCUCGUGCUAACCGACCCGACAAGUUUCAAGAUUCAUCAAAAUCUUCCAAAAGCACAGUUAAUACCAAAAUUACCGAGAUAGCGUCCACGAUGCUGAACGUUUCCCUAAAUGAGAACCAUAAAUCCUCGACUUUGACAACGAAUGUGACUGGCAACGAGGAUGAGCCUCGAGUGGAAAUCUCAGGCGAUGCAGCUAAUAUGGAUCAUUUAGACAUUCCUGAGAAGGAUACCGAAGACUUGAGUUUGAAAUCCAUUUCUGAGGGCGAUAAUUCCGUGUUCAGCGAUCAAGUGGAUCAAUCUCAGAUACAUCGGCAGGGUCAACCGGGUGAUUCGCCGAGACCGAACGAACACUCGGAAAAUGAAUCGGAAGAAUUGGACGACAUCGAGCUGAUAUUCACGACAGAUGAGACAUGUCGCGAUCUCGGUCUGCAGGAGGACCUGGUGUCUAUUACUGAAACGGAGACCUGGCAGCACGCGGGCUCUGGUGGCCAGCCUAUCUUACUCAAAUACACAAAGUCAGCGGAGGGCGAGUCGUUGGUCUGUAACGGUGAAAAAACCAGCUCCGUUGAGGAGCCCGUCUCCUCGCAGAGUUCUAGCAUCGAUCGCGAGGAGAGUGUCGAUAGAUUCGACGAAAGCUCCAGUACCAGGCUCAACAAGAUGUGGUCGCAGUGCUCCGUCCUGGUUGAGACUGACAUUAGCAAGUGCGGUGUAUUGGAAGAUACCGAAAGUACAACAGGAUCAUCCUUGCGGCAUGUCACGAGGAGAAACACUCUCGCUGCGCCACCGACGGCUUACAGACCUAUUAUUCACCGGGAAGCUCUGGCUGGUAGUCGGAGAAAGACCACUGCUCCAUUGCGGCCGGUGAUGGACCGUAGUAGUGGUGCCCGAAAAGAAUCUGGUGCACAGACGGACAUCUCCGCGCUUCCAGCACAAUGGCGAUCCGAGAGCUAUCUCGCACAUAAGGUCGCGCAUACCUUUACGACACUACCGAGCAAGUUUGCGCUACCAACCGGAGUGCCUGGCCGAUUGAGGCUGUCGGACAAAACUCGAGAAGCUAGAAGAGUGAUGUUGUCGGACAUCAGCUUUACUAGCAUGGUACCAGAAUUAUCGAGGAGCGCGGAUCACUUGUGCCAUGAACCACAUGCGCAGACGUGUCUUAGUUCGCGCGGCUGUGGUCUCCGUACACCGGAAGUUCAUAGACGCGAGUCCCUGGGCUCUCCUGCGGGAUACUGGCCCCGUUGCAAUCCCGCAACGGGUCUGCCGAGUCCCUGCGACUGUCGGCUGUCAACCGACCUGUAUCCUUCGCGAUAUCGCGGCUCUCUGACGUCGAUACCGUCGCCUGGACUCGAAGUUGUCGGCGGUCCUCCGCGAAGACACUCCUGGAGAGCGACAGCGGCAUCCUUCGACACGUGGAGGGUCCCAGUUGCAACUUCCACACCAAGGCCGACAUGGUCCUCGAUGCCAUCUUCUCCAACACACGUGCAUCCCCCGUCGACCUCCUCCAAAAUUUCGAAAAACGCACCAAAGAGAACGCGAUCCAAGGUGACCUUUCAAGAGUGUCCAAUGACGCGCGGUAGUCUACCCAACUUGCGUUCAGACUCGGUCGGCGGCGAAAAUAGCGGAGACUCUACCGAAUCGUUGAUCGACGAGGCCGAGGAUUAUCUGCGGCGAAGCAUCGAUUCAAUGUUAACGAUAUCGAGCUCUAACACGGAUUAUUGGAGCAGGCAGACAGCAAGGCGAAGAAGGGCGCGAAGACAUUCGGAGCCAGACUUGAUACGCGAUUGGCAUCCUCCUCAGGACGCCAAGCCAUAUUUGCCAAAGAUACCAAGAGAUCUCAAACUGGAUCACCUCGUAAAAGUCAUAUCGCCGGAGGGCAGGGUCCUCCAGGGUCGCGUGAGAUAUGUAGGUCCCGUUCCAGGUCGAGAAGAAGUGCAUGUGGGAGUGGAACUGCCAUAUGUCAAUGGUUCAUCCGAUGGUACCUUCCAUGGCAGAAGAUUCUUUGAUUGCGAGCCGGAUCGAGCAAUCUUUGUCCCCUUCAAGAAGGUGGUGCUUGCUUGGUGCACCACUUGACCCGAAGCACCGACCACCAUGGUCACUCCUCGUAUUCUACUCUCCCAAUACACCAUGUAAGAACUGGUCGAUGACAUGUAAGUUAUGCUUGUGGAUUGUCAUCUUCGAAAGUUAGCCAGUCUCUGAUUAGCGAGAUGACUAUUCCUAAUCUGUGGCGAUUCUAUAAUUCUACUAUUCCCAUACAGAAUCGUCUACGUGUUAAAGUUUGUCGAAAAUGUCGAAAUUAAAAAAAAAAAGACACCUUCGGACACCAGUGCAAUAGCAGAUUUGCCAAGAUAUAUAUUAAAACUUGUUAUAAAUCGCACCCACAACAGCGAGCAUUAUGUGAUCAGCAUAAUUAUAUUUGUAUAUACUAUACGUAUAUACAUACACGUACAUCCAAUACUAAUCAACUUUGUGUGAUAUCUUCAAGUGAGUGGAUUAUCGCCACUAGCUGCAAAGAUAGUAGUGAUGAAUUCCGCUAUAUCAACGUCUUACUGUGUUUGAUUUUCUAAGAAAUAAUGACAGAAAAAUAAAGAUCAGAGAUACUUGAGUAUCUUUGAGAAACUUAAGUACUUAUACAUGGUAUCAGUGGGUGUUCCGAAAAUAAGAACAAAUAGAGCAACAAUGAAAGAUACUUUGGAGAAUGAGGGAAUUAAAAGAACAGAUUCGUGUAAUUGAAAAAGAUAAAAUCAGCCGCCAAUUAAUUUCCAGCAGAAAUAAUCAAAAUUAAUCGAUAGUUUCUAUCAAUAACUGAGAGGCUACGUACAGCAAACUCUGCUGUUUUAUUUCACAGCGUGCCACACGCAUUGUGAUCGUAUUUUACGCGAGUAUUCUCGGCGACAAUGUUUGCUUGCCGCGCGAUAUUGUAACGUUAGAUUGUUAAGGGAUUGUGUUCAAAGAGAAAGGAUAAAUUUUUUAUUUUGGCUACUGCGAUCAGUUCUUAUUAAUACACACAUCGAGAAAAGUUUCGCGUUUCAUCCCAUUUUCUCUCUAUAUCAAGAUGGAAAAUAAUUUUCGUAUAACUUCACCUAACAGAUUGUUUCCUCCAGUCCGUAAUAUUAGUAUUAUUGACGCUGUUUCUCCGUCAGAUGAAUAAAUGUGCAGUUUAAUCGAUAUAAAAUAAGAUUACGAUAUAAAACUUUUUUUCGAUGUGCGUAUUUUUGGACUGGAACUAAAAAGAAUAGUAGAUAAAAGCGGUUCGCGUAAAGACAGUAAACGCUAUCAGAUUUGUUAUGAACUUAAUAUCUUCGCGCGUUGCUUACGAGCUUUCGAUGAACAAAUGUUUUAGUGUACGUAUGUAUAUGUAUUUUAUGUAUAUGUAUAUCUAUCUGUACAUUUUAAAGAGACACGCGUAUAUAAAGUGUGGGCACUACACUUGGCUGUAUAAAUACAAAUAUUAAUCAUAUCCCGAGGCUGUACCUAUUGUCUUAACCGAGGAAUCCGAACAUUUUUGGUUUAUUUUUUUGGAACGGCGAAGAAGACCGAUUCAA